GUCCAUCCGAAAGUUAAGAACUUCAGCAAUAUUUUUUCCACUCCUCACUCCAUACACCACACUAUAAACACCAAAGUCCUGGCCUUGUGGUUCAGAAAAGUAGAACACCUGCUGAGAUCAACAAAAUACGAAAUAGACGGACUGAACUGAACUGGACUAAUUCAAUCAGGGAGAAAAUGCCCAUCGCGGCACCUCUCCCUCAGGCUAUUGUCCCAUAUUUGAGGUCGAGUAUCUCGACACCAUCAUCAACACACACUCAGACUCUAGUGACAUCCACACUAUCGACGCCUUCGUUAUGGCUUUUACUGCGUCUUGCUUACGUUUCCAUCUACGGAAUUGAGGAUCAGGGCCACAACCAGCGUCGUCGACAACCGUCUGGUCCUGUGGCUAUCGGUGGUAACAGUCGCGACGGCCAUAAUCUGGGAGAGUCAGAAGGGACAAAUGUCGUGAUCGUUAGUUUUGUCAGGGAUUACCUGACAUGGUGUGAGAUGGGGAAGAAGUUGGGUCUUGAUUUUCCGGCUUUAGUAAAGGCGAAGAGACUCUUCUAUGUGGACGGUCUGAGGAGGGGUUCAGCGCCGUCCACUCCUCAUCCAACAAUGAGUCCUGGCUCUCAAGAGCAGGGGACGACGGCGUUGAAAUCACUGGCGUUGAACGACAUCACCGCCACUGUGAAUCAAGUCCUACGUUCAGCUUCUAGCUCGUCGACGGAUCGAGCCGACAACAGAACCUCAUCAUCUACUGUCCAGAGGAUACCUGCAGCGGCUGCAACAGCAGGUCCCCGUCCACCGACCGCUACAUCAGUCUCUUCUUCAGCGCCGACCGUGAUCCUGGACGGCUUGGACUUCGUCCUCGCGUCCCAACCAUCCACGACACCAUUGUCCUUGAACGCCCUUGUUUCAGCAGUCCGUUUGCAGUCACUGGCUACAAUCGUCACGGCUCAAGCCGACUCGCCCCUCCUGCACAACGCCAUGUCGCCCCUUGAGACGGACCAUGCGCAUCUCGUCACCAGUCUGGCGCAUCAGAGUGAUUGGGUUUUACAGCUGAGAGGCUUGGAUACCGGCAGUGCUAACGAUGUCAGUGGGGUCGUCAGGGCCAGUAGAGGUGGCCAGUCGGAGGAUCAACCGAGCGAUUUGGCUGAUGGAGAGUGGUUGUAUCACAUCAAAGGCGAUGGAACAGUCAGAGUCUGGGGGAGGGGAGAGCUGAAUUGA